UUGCUGGCUACUAAAGUUACAGAACACGCCAAUUGCCGGAGGAUGGAUAUGGUUCUCAGUAUGUAUGUAGAGUCUCCUCUACUACUACACUUCUCUCCUUAUCCAGUUCCUCUCACACCUCGUCAGCGUCCAGAAUGAAUCAGAAGGACAUCAAAGAGUUUGUUGAAAAUAACCUCAAAGACAACGGCUUCGUCAUCUUCAUCCGGACUUCACCGCCUUGCUACUACUCCCAGCAAGCUCUGGACUUCUUGCAACAACACCCGGAGCUCCAUGGUAAAUCAGUCGACCUUAGCGAAACCGGGGAGCAGCAGGCCAUAAUCGGCUACCUUGGCAGCCUCCCUGGUUCUGCGGCCACAUUCCCUCGGGUUUUUGCUAACAAGGAAUUAAUUGGUGGCUAUUCGGAUUUGGAGGGCUUGGGUGCAUCUGGUGUAAAGGCCAUUCUCCAGAAGGCUUCAAGAUUGUGACCACGUGAUGUCGUACAAGCAGUUUACUUCUGAGAUUGGGCAAGUAGAUCAAGUUGUACGAUUGAUCUACACAAAUACUGGCGUGUCAAGCG